CACAAUACAUACUGGUUAACAUCUUCAACCAAUGGCGUUUCUGCGCAAGGCAACCUAGGAUCGACGCAUCGCGGUAGUCGUAAUUUCAGACAGUUCGUGCCCCGUUUUUACGCCAUUAUGGAUUCGUUAGCAAAUUACGCUAGUGACGGGGACAAUAGUAAUAAUUCAGAAGAUCCAAAGCUGCAGGUUUGCUAUAAACCUACCAAUCAAAGCGUUUACUUAACAUACAAAUUACAUGUAACCACUACACUCAUUUGUAUAAUUAUACCAUAUGGGAUGCAUGGUGAUACCAAUAAAAGGGCCAGUGACGCUAACUACGACCCAGUACAAAUGGACAUGAGUGAGGAAAGCAACAACAACAAUUCGUCCAGGGAAUCCAGUAGUGAAAGGGCACAUAGUCCAGCAGCACAAUCAAAAAUAGAUUCAUCCCGAACAUUACCUUCCCUCUCAGACCAGAGGCGAUCUGAUCAUGAGAAUCAUACAGCAAACUCAAAAGACGAGCACAAACGAGGAGAUAGAUCUGACCGUAGUAGACACAUGAGUGAUAAAGGACGACGAUCAUCAUACGAUGAUAGGAGGCAACGAGAAAGCAGUCAUAGAGACAGAGACAUAAAAAGGAGUCGAGAUGACGAGAGAAAAUCUCGUGAUGAUGAUAAAAAGAAGGAAAAGAGUUCAUUGGGAUCAAGCAGGGAUGAGAAGAAUGACGACAGGGAAAAAAAUGAUAAGGAUCAUCAUUACCGCGAUGAUCGAAGGGAUCGUAAUCGUGAUAGAAAUGAUAGAGAUAGACGUAGGGAUAGGGACAGAGAUCGAGAUCGUCGACAUGCUAGAGAUGACAGAUCAAAAGAUCGGUACCGGGACGAUCGAACUAGUUACCAUAAAGAAAAAGAUCGUACGAGAUCAAGAUCUAGAUCAAGGGAUCGAGCUCCACCACCUUUCCGAACGAUGAGCUACAGGGAAGAGAAAGGUAGAAACAAGUUAGCUCAAUUGGAGAAACUAGGAAUUGAACUUAAAGCACCGGAAGGAGACACGGGUACACCAGGCAUACAAAAUGAACAGAAUUAUUAUAAUCCAUUAACCACAGCUACACAAGGAAAAUACGCGGAACAGAUACAGAAGAGGAAACUUUUAUGGGCAAAUAAAUCGAAACAAGACGAAGGCAAAACAUCUACAGCAGCUUCUACUGCAAAUACUUGGGUGGGGACAACGUUCACUCAUGAUCAAGAUGGUAAAGUAACAGCGAAGUUUAAGCGAUUGAUGGGCAUUAAAGAUGAUUUACCAACUACACCGGCAGCAGGUGCUAAACCUGAUAUAUUAAAGAAGCAAGAAGAAAUGUUUAAUAAUAUGGAGCAACAAUAUGAAGUAGCUCGUGCUACUACACACACUCAGCGUGGUGUUGGACUUGGUUAUGCUACUGGUGGCUAUCAAUUUCCUCGAUAAAAUGCGAUGAAACUUUGAACGACGACGAAUUACGAUUAAUGACGCCAGCACAGGUGCAACUCGAUUUUUGUCUGUUGAUUUUACAAUUUCGUCAGGUCGAUUAUGGAACAGAGUUAUUAUUUUGAAAUCGUUAUAAAUAGAAACUAUAGAUUAAUUGCAAAGCUUAUAAAAUAAAGAUUUGAAUAAUCUUGUUCCACAGUUAUGUAAUUAUAUUGUAAACACGAAGAAAAAGAAAAAAAUAAAUCUACUAAGAACAUGGAAG